AUGCGUGCCAUCCGGAAGCGGUGGACUAUCUGCACGAUAAGUCUCCUCCUGAUCUUUUACAAGACAAAAGAGAUCGCCAGGACCGAGGAGCACCAGGAGACGCAACCGAGCGGAGAUGGCGACUUAAGUUUAAGUAGAUCAGUGGUCAAUAGCUCUGAUAAAAUAAAUCAAAAGAGCGGGUCUUCGAUAUUCCAGCAUACUGUAGAAAGAUGGAAAAUCAAUUCUUCCUUGGUCCUGGAAAUCAGGAAGAACAUUCUUCGAUUCUUGGAUGCAGAAAGAGAUGUCUCAGUGGUCAAAAGCAGCUUCAAGCCAGGAGACGUAAUUCACUAUGUGCUAGAUAGACGUCGUACACUAAAUAUUUCUCAGGAUCUUCACAGCCUUCUUCCAGAGGUUUCACCAAUGAAGAACCGUCGUUUUAAAACGUGUGCAGUUGUAGGAAAUUCUGGCAUCCUUCUGGAUAGUGGGUGUGGAAAAGAGAUUGAUAACCAUGACUUUGUCAUAAGGUGCAAUCUAGCUCCUGUGGUGGAGUUUGCUGCCGAUGUGGGAACUAAAUCAGAUUUUAUUACCAUGAACCCAUCAGUUGUACAAAGAGCAUUUGGAGGCUUUCGGAAUGAGAGUGACAGAGAAAAAUUUGUGCAUAGACUAUCCAUGCUGAAUGACAGUGUCCUUUGGAUCCCAGCUUUCAUGGUCAAAGGCGGAGAGAAGCAUGUGGAGUGGGUUAAUGCACUAAUCCUUAAGAAUAAAUUGAAAGUGCGAACUGCCUAUCCAUCACUGAGACUUAUUCAUGCUGUCAGAGGUUACUGGCUGACCAACAAGGUUUUCAUCAAGCGACCCAGCACAGGACUACUGAUGUAUACACUCGCUACAAGGUUCUGUGAUGAAAUUCAUCUCUAUGGAUUCUGGCCCUUCCCAAAGGAUAUUAAUGGGAAAUCAGUCAAAUAUCAUUAUUAUGAUGACCUAAAGUACCGAUAUUUUUCCAAUGCUAGUCCUCACAGGAUGCCGUUAGAAUUUAAAACUUUAAAUGUGUUGCAUAACAGAGGAGCACUUAAAUUGACAACAGGGAAAUGCAUACAGCAAUAAAGCACAAUGAGACAUAUAGGAUAUGGGCUUUGCCAUAUAGAUUUUGUGGAACAGCAGUGGGGCCCAUACAGAGGAGGUACCCCAGUGUGCUGGGCUAAGCUGAUGGAGAACAAGGAAAUGCAUCAAAACUCCAUUCCCAGCUCAUGUUUUACCUGUUGAAGUGCUAAAUUUUGAGUGCAAUGGUUCGAGUAAGUGCCACUUUCACUAAGAACAAAGCUUGAAUGUAUAAAAUAAGUAGUGUUUACAAGAUCCAACAAUGCAUUCAUCACUUGUUAAAGAAGCAAAUAGCUGAUUUGCUGUCCAAC